AUUUUUAAUAAACAAUGACAAAUUUUUGAAAAAAUAUUUGAUCCAAAAUUGUUAGACGUUUAUGCCAAAGUAUUCAAAUAUUUAGAAACAUUAUCUGUACAAGAAAUUUAAAGUUAACCACCAACCAUUAUGGCUGAGCAAUUUGAAGAAUGUGUCCAAAAAGCUUUACAAUUGACAAAUUUGGAAGAAAAGGAUAUGCUAUUAUUGUACAGUUUAUAUCAGCAAGCCACAGAAGGAGAUUGUAAUACACCGGCACCAGAAGACGAGGAUGCCUUAAAACAAUGGACUGCAUGGAAUGAAAAAAAAGGAAUGGAGCAAGAUACAGCAAAAGUGGAAUAUGUAAAUAAAGUUACACAACUUACUGGUGGAGCAUAAAAUCGAAUUUCAAUUCUUAUCUUUAUCUGAUCAAAACUUAAAAGUAUUAUAAAUUCCGUAUUAUUUGCCUCAAAUUUAUUUCCUCGAAUGCUGAAAAUGUAUUUAAAUAUCUAUAGCUAAAUAAAAUAAUAUUUCAUUUUUA